AUGGAGUUCCGCAAGGAACAGCUCCAAUACCGCUAUGAGGUGCAGAAGAUGAUCGGCGAGGGAGGCCAGGGCCUGGCGCUGCAGUGCCUCGACCACAAAACCAAAACGCUCGUGGCCGUCAAGAUGCUGUCGCUGCCCUUGUGUCACCCACACAGAGUCACCGUUGAUUUCGCGGCCUUCCCCGUCCCGCUGCGCAGCUCCUCGACAGCGGCCCGCCAGAGGACGGAGCUGGAGGUGGCCAAGGAGCUGCAGGGCAGGGCCAGCGAUGAGCGCUACGGAGUCAUCCGGGUCCUGGACACGUUCGAAUUCCGUGGCCACAAUUGCCUCGUCGUCGAGCUCUUGAAGAAGAGCCUCUACGAUGUCAUGAGCAAAGGGAGCAUCGGGCGAAUCUACGUGAGGCGGUUGAGGGAGUACACCAGGGCUAUCCUCGACUUCCUGUUGUACGCCAAGGGGCGGGGCAUCGUCCACGGGGACAUCAAGCCGGUGAGCGGAGCGGGCGCGGUGGUCGCGCCCUCUCGUUGGGGCGCUCGGUUAGCUGGCGCCGAGGCAGCCUGGCCACUGUUGAUCGCGGGGUCGAAGCAGUGGCUCCGUCCAUCUGGAGGGAGGUGGUGGUAGUGGUGGUGGUGGGGUCACGGUACCUCCGGUGAAGACGAUCUGGGACGAGGUGGACACUCGUACCGUAGAGGCAGGCCGGCCAUGGUUGAUCGCAGGGUCAAUGCACUGGCUCCGUCCUUCUACUGUGCCUCUGCCACCUCCUCCUUUCAGAUGGAGGAGGUAGUAGGAGAUGUUAACUACCUCGCCAGGUAUACAGGAGAUCGUGCGUUCGAUCCCGACCCUGA